UGCGCAGCGAUCAGCGGUGCGCUAUGUCCCUCGUACACAGCGGAUCACGGAAAGAGCCGAAGAUGUUGGCUUGGUCAUGUGAUCAGCUGUGUCCAAUCACAGAUGAUCACAUGACACUGAUGAUCAGUGUAGCCCCAGCAGUGCCACCUGUCAGUCUCCAUCAAUGCCCUUGUCAGUGCUCAUCAGUGCCUCGUGCCAGUGCCACAUCAAUGCCACAUAUCAGUGCCUACCAGUGCCACAUCAAUGCCACAUAUCAGUGCCUACCAGUGCCACAUCAAUGCCACAUAUCAGUGCCCAUCUAAGCUGCCUUUCAGUGUCACUCAUCAUUGGCAGUCAGUGCUGCCUUUCAGUGCCACCUACCAGUGCCUCCUCAUCAGUGCCACCUAUCAGUG